AUGCAGUUUUCUCCAAACAACGGAGACUUUACAUUUGUCUCCUCGACAGAGGCGCAAGAGCUCAGUGGCACAAUUGAAACCCCUGAUAUCAAGCUGAAUAUGGGCAGUGAUGGUGGCAGAGAUCCAUACGCUACGGCUUUCCUUAGACAGCGAGGGUAUGGUUGGCUGCUGGAGGUGGAGGAAGAUGAUGGCGAGGAGAGCAAACCUCUUUUAGAUGAGCUGGACAUCGACUUGAAGGACAUCUAUUACAAGAUCCGCUGCGUGCUGAUGCCGAUGCCAUCGUUGGGGUACAACAGACAGGUGGUCCGAGAUAACCCGGACUUCUGGGGCCCUCUUGCUGUGGUGCUCCUCUUCUCUAUGAUUUCCAUCUACGGACAGUUCAGGGUGGUUUCCUGGAUCAUCACAAUCUGGAUUUUUGGAUCACUCAAUUUUCUCUUGGCUCGUGUUCUUGGCGGUGAGGUUUCCUACGGUCAGGUUCUCGGAGUGAUCGGAUAUUCCCUCCUUCCUCUAAUUGUUAUAGCCCCUUUGCUUCUUGUGAUCGGAGGUUUUGAGGUGAUUUCUACUGUUAUCAAACUUUUUGGAGUGUUCUGGGCUGCUUACAGCGCGGCGUCACUGCUUGUUGGAGAUGAAUUUAAAACAAAAAAGCCUCUUCUCAUAUAUCCGAUUUUCCUUUUGUACAUUUACUUCCUAUCGCUCUAUACCGGUGUGUGA